AAUCAGGACAAGAAGCGUUCCUAAAAGGACAUUAUCCACCAUUGAGCGGAAAUUUAUUACCUACUGCUUCCCUUGCUUCUCUCUCUCUUCUUACUGUUUAUUGGUUCUUGGUUCCUAUUAAUUAAUGGUGAGUUGAAGCAAGUAAAAGAUCACAAAGUUAUGAAGCCAAAUCUGAAGACACUAGUAUCUGUAGUUUCAUUGGCAGUUGUUUCAGUGAUAAAUGUAACUGCUACGACCGGCGAUUACAUUCGACCUGCACCUCGGAAAAAUCUUCAGUUUCCAUGGAGUCCGAAGCAUUCUUCUCAUCCCCAACAGGUUCAUAUCUCUUUGGCCGGGGAUAAGCACAUGCGUGUCACAUGGAUCACAGAUGAUAAAUCUGCUCCUUCAGUUGUUAACUAUGGGAUGUCACCUGGAAAAUAUAACUCUGUUGCUCAAGGAGAAAGCACAUCGUACAGUUAUCUUCUGUACAGCUCAGGGAAGAUACACCAUACUGUCAUUGGGCCACUGGAGGAUGACACCAUAUACUACUAUCAAUGUGGUAGAGAGGGUCCUGAGUUCAAGUUCAAAACCCCACCAUCCCAGUUCCCAAUCACUCUGGCAGUGGCUGGUGAUUUGGGUCAAACUGGAUGGACCAAAUCAACUUUAGAUCACAUAGACCAGUGCAUAUACGAUGUGUAUAUGCUCCCUGGAGACCUUUCAUAUGCUGAUUACAUACAGAGUAGGUGGGAUACAUUUGGUGAGCUGGUGCAGCCACUUGCCAGUGCCAGGCCUUGGAUGGUGACACAAGGUAACCAUGAAAAGGAGCACAUACUACUAAUCAAAAAGUCGUUUGCUGCUUAUAAUGCAAGAUGGAAAAUGCCAUACGAGGAGAGUGGAUCCAGUUCAAACUUGUACUAUUCAUUUGAUGUUGCCGGUGCACAUAUCAUCAUGCUUGGUUCAUAUACAGAUUAUGAUGAAUUCUCGGACCAAUAUAGUUGGCUGAAGGCUGAUCUUGCGAAGGUAGAUCGUGAGAAGACACCUUGGCUACUUGCACUAUUCCAUGUGCCGUGGUACAACAGUAAUGAUGCUCAUCAAGGCGAAGGUGACAACAUGAUGGCAUCAAUGGAACCUUUACUAAACGCUGCCGGUGUGGAUAUCGUACUUGCUGGUCAUGUGCAUGCUUAUGAACGCUCGCAACGUGUUUACAAUGGCAGAUCGGAUUCUUGUGGUGCUGUACAUAUAACAAUUGGUGAUGGAGGAAAUAGAGAAGGUUUAGCACAUCGGUUCAAAGAUCAACAGCCUGAAUGGUCAGUGUUCCGCGAAGCAAGUUUUGGUCAUGGUGAGCUCAAGAUAGUGAAUUCCACUCAUGCUUUCUGGAGCUGGCAUAGGAAUGACGAUGAUGAACCAGUGAGGUCCGAUGAGGUCUGGAUAACCACUCUAAGGAGUUCGGGUUGCAUUCUUGAAGAGAGUCGUGACUUGAGAAAGCUCCUAUUGCAGCCGUAAAACUGUUCUCUCAAGGGGGUGCCUAAUUAAAUGAACUACUGCACAAACUCCUGAAGCAGUGUAUAAUACCAGCAUAGUUAGAGGAGUGCAAAUCUGCAAGUGUUGUACUGUUAUUAUGUAUUGUAAGGUAUUGUAAGAACGGUAUGUACCUUCCUUUCUUCUGGAAGUGGACUGAAUCCUUAAAUUGCUGUAUAAGAAGAUUACUUACGGUAUGUGAGUUUAAA